AUGGCGGAGUGGAGGAACAUGGCGGCGGGGGCGGCGGGUGGCAGCUUCACCUACAUCAACGAGACGACCGCGAUUGCGGGGUCCAUCAUUGUCGCCCGCCUGCAGUACGGCCUGGCCGCCGAGGACUGCCGCGGAUUCGGCCCGGGCGUGCACCCGCCGCCCAACGCCGGCCAGGGCGCUUCAGCAGGCGGCCCCAUCAUCGACCUCGCCAUCGUCCGGGUCAAGCGCGUCCGCAGGCUCCACGCCGUCCUGGGCAACGUCUUCUCCCUCUGCGUCGCGCGCAUCGGGCUCCAGGGCAACGCGCUGGGGCGGUGGAACAGCUGGCAACUCCAACACGCCGACGCCGCCCGCCGCGCGGAGACGGCGCUGCAGCGCCUGCUCUCCGCGAGGUCGCACGGCCAUGCGGCCUUCAGCGUCUUCCAGGUCAUGCUCAGGCCGCCGUCGCCGCCAGCAGUCGCCCACGCGUGGGCGCCCGCGGCCGAGCAGCUCCUGCGCCGCGCGAUCGACGACCUGGCCGUGGCGGAGGCCGCGGUGGGGCAGAUGCGCCCGGCCAUUGUCGCCCAGUACGCCGACGCCCGGAUGCUUCUUCAUGGCGGAUAG